GUCGGCGGCGAGGCCCGGAAAAUGGCUUGGGUGCUCAAGAUGGACGAGGUGAUCGAAUCCGGGCUGGUGCACGACUUCGACGCCAGCCUUUCCGGCAUCGGGCAGGAGCUGGGCGCCGGCGCCUACAGCAUGAGUGAUGUGUUGGCGUUGCCCAUUUUCAAGCAGGAAGAUUCUAGCCUCCCACUGGAUGGUGAAACCAAGAACCCACCCUUCCAGUACGUGAUGUGUGCCGCCACGUCCCCAGCGGUGAAGCUGCAUGACGAGACGCUCACCUACUUGAACCAAGGUCAGUCUUAUGAAAUUCGGAUGCUGGAUAAUCGGAAAAUGGGUGAUAUGCCUGAGAUUAGUGGAAAGUUGGUAAAGAGCAUCAUACGGGUCGUGUUCCAUGACCGACGGCUGCAGUACACAGAGCACCAGCAGCUCGAAGGCUGGAAGUGGAAUCGCCCAGGAGACAGGCUGCUCGACUUAGAUAUUCCGAUGUCUGUGGGAAUAAUUGACACAAGGACGAAUCCGAGUCAGUUAAAUGCGGUUGAAUUUCUGUGGGACCCCGCAAAACGCACAUCUGCUUUCAUUCAGGUACACUGCAUCAGCACAGAAUUCACUCCACGGAAGCACGGAGGGGAGAAGGGAGUGCCUUUUAGAAUCCAGGUAGACACCUUUAAGCAGAACGAGAGCGGGGAGUACACAGAUCACCUACACUCAGCUAGCUGCCAAAUCAAAGUUUUCAAGCCUAAAGGUGCAGACAGGAAGCAAAAAACUGACCGGGAGAAGAUGGAGAAGAGAACAGCUCAUGAGAAAGAAAAGUAUCAGCCGUCGUAUGAUACCACAAUCCUCACCGAGAUGAGGCUUGAGCCUAUAAUUGAAGAUGCAGUUGAACAUGAGCAGAAAAAGUCCAGCAAGCGGACUUUGCCAGCAGACUACGGUGAUUCUCUGGCAAAGCGAGGCAGUUGUUCUCCGUGGCCCGAUACCCCUACAGCCUAUGUGAAUAACAGCCCUUCCCCAGCGCCCACGUUCACCUCCUCGCAGCAGACCACGUGCAGUGUCCCGGACAGCAAUUCUUCAUCCCCGAAUCAUCAGGGAGACGGCGCUUCACAGGCCUCUGCUGAGCAAAUUCAGCCUUCUGCUACGCCCCAGGAGACACAGCAGUGGCUGCUCAAGAACAGAUUCUCUUCCUACACAAGACUGUUUUCUAACUUUUCAGGUGCCGACUUACUCAAACUGACAAAGGAGGAUUUAGUUCAGAUUUGUGGUGCAGCCGAUGGAAUUCGGCUCUACAAUUCACUCAAGUCCAGGUCAGUCAGGCCUCGUUUAACCAUCUACGUCUGCCAAGAGCAGCCACGCAGCACAGCCCUGAGAGGCCAGCAGCCAGCUGCAGGCAGCGCAGGCGAGAACGGUGGUGGGACACCCUACGUUUAUCAUGCAAUCUACUUGGAAGAAAUGGUUGCCUCAGAAGUUGCUCGGAAGCUUGCACUGGUGUUUAAUAUUCCUUUUCACAAGAUCAACCAGGUUUACAGACAAGGUCCCACUGGUAUCCACAUCCUUGUUAGUGAUCAGAUGGUUCAGAACUUUCAAGAUGAGAGUUGUUUUUUAUUCUCUACGGUAAAAGCUGAAAAUAAUGAUGGUAUCCACAUAAUUUUGAAGUGAUGUCUUAUGUAUUCUGAACUGUAAUUCACUACCAAAUAGUCACGCUUAGAAGUGUGUGAAGACCGAAUCCAAGAAGUCUUGGCAUUGGAUUUUACCAUAUGAAAUGUUUCAUAUUGAAAACACAAGAUUGAAAACCCUUCUCAUGAGCUGUGUGAGCGGCAAGUCUCCUCACUGUCACUGCCAUGGCCGAGCACGUCGGGAUGGCGCGUCCCCAGCCCUGCAGGCCAGCGCGGGCCAGAGGCCAGCAAAUACAGUUCCUGAAAGCAGCUCUGCUGUCUCUUUACACUGUAUGCGGUUUGGAAUUGAAUGUAAAAGCUUACUGUGGGCAUUUACCUUUCUGGGCCAGUGUGGCUUUCGUCGCCAGAACCUUACGCUGAGCUGGGGACAGUGCUGCAUGCAGCCAGCGUGGAACCUGCCUGUGGAGGGAGGCGUGUGCUGGCCUGGCAGCCAGUGGUCAGGGGAGCAGCUCGGCGCCUCCUCAGAAGAAAUCAUGUCUGCCUGAUGUGAUCGCGGUGGAUCUGGGAAGAUCCAGGCCGGGAAGCCGGGCUUGGAGCGGAGUGCAUUUCAGGAGUACCUUGGUGAGAGGAUCAGUGUAAAUCCUAAUAGGUACAAAGACUCGUAGUUUCGCUUUGUCACAGGUUUAUAGAAACUGUUUUGCUUCUGCUUCCAUUUUUAGCAUUUUAGUUUCUGGUUUUCCUUUGUUGAAGCCUCCUUGACUUUUAUAUUCAUGUGGUUUUCUUUCUCAUUUCCCUUUGUCUCUCCAUCCCUAGCCCCACGCUGCCCUGUUCUUAAUCAUUGUUAAAGCCCUGCCCCGGACAUUGGAAAUGAGUGGUGUGAGUAGCGGGGAGGUGUUACUGUUGAUAGCUUCCGAUGUGGUGUUA